AUGGGAGCAUUCAGCCGGCAGAAGUUUUUCCAGGAGCUUGCUCAUGGCUGCCUGCUGCCUACAGCUCAGCAGGGCCUGGAGCAGGUAUGGCAGCUGCUGGUUAUCUGCCUGCUGUGUCGGCUUCUCUGGAUGUUGGGCCUCCCCUCCUUUGUGAAACACUUGGGCACAGUAGCGGGAGGUUUCUACACUCUCUACCUGUUCUUUGAGCUUCAUAUGAUCUGGGUGGUCCUUCUCAGCCUUCUCUGCUACCUCUUCCUCUUCCUGUGCCGCCACUCUACCAUCCGAGGCACCUUCCUCUCCAUCACUGUGCUCAUCUACCUGCUGCUGGGAGAGCUGCACAUGAUGGACACCACCAACUGGCACAAAAUGAGGGGUUCACAGAUGGUGGUUGCCAUGAAAGCCAUCUCUCUGGCCUUCGAUUUGGACAGAGGUGUGGUGACCAGUGUACCCUCACCCAUUGAGUUCAUGGGCUAUAUUUACUUUGUGGGCACAGUCAUCUUUGGUCCCUGGAUCAGCUUCAACAGCUACAAAGAAGCUUUAGAAGGACGUAAGCUGAGCUUUUCGUGGCUUUUAAAAGUAUCUGUUAGCUGGGUGAAGAGCCAGGUCUGCCUUGUUAUUUCCAACUGUGUGGCACCCUACCUCUUCCCUUACUUCAUACCGGUAUAUGGAGACAAGCUACUACGAAGCAAAAAGAGGAGGAAGAUCAGAGGUACACCGGCAAAGUGGUUGCUGGCAUAUGAGAACACAAUGUCUUUCCACUUCAGCAAUUAUUUUGUCGGUUAUUUGAGCGAGACUACUACUACUCUGGCCGGGGCAGGCUUCACGGAAGAGAAAGACAACCUCAAAUGGGACAUGACUGUAUCCAAGCCACUGAAUAUAGAGUUUCCCCGGUCGAUGGUGGAGGUGGUAACCUCGUGGAAUCUGCCCAUGUCUUGCUUUCUGCACACCUAUGUUUUUAAGAGUGCUCUCAAAUUUGGGACGUUCUCUGCCGUCAUGGUAACAUAUACAGCCAGCGCCCUUCUGCAUGGUUUGAGUUUUCAUCUGGGUGCAGUACUAAUAUCUCUUGGGUUUAUCACCUACAUUGAGCACGUGUUGCGGAAGAGGCUUGCAGCCAUUUUUAAUGCCUGUGUUCUGUCAAAGAAAUGUCAGCCCAACUGCACUCACAAGAAUAAAAAGGCACUAUGGGUGUAUAUGAUUAACAUAGCGUUCAGCGCAUUGGCAAUACUCCACCUCACGUACCUGGGGUCUGUGUUCAACUCCAGCGUGGACUACAUGGAGGAGGAUGAGGACGAUAUUACCCAUCAUACCAUUCAGAAGUGGUCCGAGCUGAGCUGGACAAGCCACUGGGUCACAUUUGGAUGCUGGAUAUUGUACCGCCUCAUUCUCUAAUAAUAGGAGAGAGAAACAGAGAAGGUAAAGGAAGCAAUAAUUAGAUUUGUAAGGCUGGUUCUCCACUUCUGCACUGUGACUUUAUUCUGCAUCAGACCGAAGAGAACUGAAUCAACCUGUAUACAACAACAAACCAACACGCAGUGUUCAGGUUGCGCCGCAUGUUGGCUGGGUAAUCUAUUAUUCUAACCUGCUGAGGGACUAGUUUUGAUAUCCAUGAAAUGAUAGCCCGCUCCUCCCUCCUUGUCUCCUUAUCGUAUCCUUUUUAUCUGAGCCGCAGUUGUCAAGGCCUCAUGUUGUGACAGCAGUUACCGAUGUCUCACUGCGAGUCACAAUCAAUACCUAUCAGCAUGGAGGAGAUCGGCUGCUCCUUUCUGUGGACACAUGAUAGAGCCCAUUAUCUAGGUUUCAGCGUCGACUGCGGCAGAUGUCCUCCAGAUGUGGUUUCCCCUUGCCUCAAGUGUUUUACAAUCGUAUUUGUAGGUUUGAAGGAUAAAGCUUGUGAUGGUCUUUGGCUUUCUUAUUUUCAACAAAUCCCAUAAAAAUACCAAAACUAAUCAUGCGUCAGACUGUCCCAGUAGUUUCUGACUUCCCAGCUUGUCUUGGGGCUCUCAGCCAAACCCAUUGUAUGUGUUUGAAUUUUUUAAAAGGCUGAAUACUUUUCUGAAACAGCCAGGCGCUGCAGUUUCAGCAAACAUUUCUCAAACGAGUAAAUGCAUUUGUUGUCACUGACACAUUUUUUACAACAAUGGAUGUCUAUGACACAGAAAAAUAACAUUUACCAGGCUACAUCAAACAGAGACAACAGCUGUUAAUAGUAGGGAUGAGUGAGUACACCAUUAUCUGUAUCUGUUCAACCAACUAAAUUAUCUGUAUUCAUAUCUGAACUCGAAAUGGGGUGUUAAUUUAAGCCUGAAAUGGAUGAGGGUUUAUUAAAAGUUGCUGUAUUUAUUAGAAAACUAUUUACAGAACAGUCUCAGAAUUGAGCUUCAGAGCAAUGUUUUUGAUCACAAGAGUAAGAGAACUAUUUACAGAGGACGUUUUAAAAAAAGUUAGUAUAUUUAUAAUGUGUAUAUGUAUGUAUAUUUUACUUAUUGUAAAAGAGGCUUGUUUCAGCUGAGUACUUGCUCGACCCUAGUGAAUAGAAUCAAUUCAUAGCUGGUUUUGGUCUUUUCAUGCCAUUUGUUGGCAAUAAGAAAAAAAGAUAAAGAUAAAUCAUUUAACUUCUCCUUUAUCAGAGUUUGUCUCCUGAGCAUGUGUAAAACAACAAAGAGUUUACCUCUGAAAGAAAAGAGCACAGGUUAUAGUUGAGAGGCAGCAAUUAUACUGUCACCACUAAUUAUUUCCCUUUUUGUGAAUUUUAGAUAAAAAAAAUUACUUAAUCAGAAAGUCUUUGAAUUCAUCUUUGUGGUGAAAUUUCCUAAUGGUGUUUGUAUUUUGUUUUGUUAUUUUCGAUAAUUUCUUUUAAAUUUAAUUAUUUUUCCUUUUUAAAAAAAAAAAAAAGUCUUGUUAGUAUUUGUGAACAUUUGAAACACUCUUCAGUAUUGAAAGUUUAGAUUCAGGGUAUUCCACAUGUGUUACUGUAUGGAAAAAUGUUUAAACUUCUCUUCCAAUUUCAUAUUAGAUGAAAUCAUACAGUACACUAUUGAAAUAUUUAUCCUUACAGAUUUUUACUACACUGCUGCUUUUAAUGAUGCAUUUAUGUCAUUGACGGUUACCUGGUGAAAGAAUCAAAAGAGCAUCUGUAAAAGAUUGUGUUCACAUUUUGUCUAUUUCUUAAAUCUAGAGCGUCAAAGGAUUUGCUUCUUGACUAAGAUGUAGUGUUUUAGAUUAGAGCCUGAAUGUUCGUUCAUGCCUGAGAACAAGUGCUCAGUCUCCGCAGACCUAGUACCACUCACUCCAACAAGUACAGUAUUUUAAAUAUUAUUCUGAUAUUUACUUUAAGCCAACUUUUCUCCCUGUAAAUGUGAAGGCACUGAUACACCUGUGAUAUUUUUAUAAAAUUUUACAUGAAACCUGAA